AUGGAUAACUUCAAGAACAUCGGGAAGAGCUUCACUUCCCUAGGGGCCCAGAUCACCCCUUUCGCAUCUCGCACCUUCCAAUACACGAAGGAGCAGCUCGGUCAAGCUGAGGAUAAGACUCAGCUUCCUCCUGACUACAUCGACCUCGAGAAGCGAGUGGACGCAUUGAAAGCAGUUCAUCAGAAGAUGCUCGCGGUGACAAACCAAUACUCCCAUGAGGCUUACGACUACCCGCCCAACAUCAAGGAGAGCUUUCAGGACCUGGGCCGCACCGUUACGGAGAAGGUUCAGCUCCUGUCCUCUGCCUCUUCCCCUGCCGAGGCACAAGCUGCUCUGACUGCUCCUCCGAGCGCGAAGCCGCAGCCGAAGACAUUCCCCCAUGCUAUUGCCCGCGCCAGCUUGUCUAGCAGCCAGUCACUGCACCAGCAGCACACCGGCGCCGGCGAGGACCCCCUCGCUACGGCCCUCGAGAAGUAUGCGCUCGCCAUGGAGCGAGUCGGCGAGGCUCGCCUGGCUCAGGAUGCCCAGAUCCAGAGCCGCUUCCUGGCUGGCUGGACUACAACCCUGAACACGAAUCUGAUGUUCGCAACUCGAGCUCGCAAGAACGUUGAGAAGGCCCGUCUGACCCUCGAUGCCGCCAAGGCUCGCGCCAAGGGUACUACAUGGAAGCUUCCUGGAUCUACUUCUCCUCGGACUGAGACCCAUGAGGAGCAUGAGAUCAGCCCCGAAGCUCAGGAGGAGAUUGAGAAGGCUGAGGAUGAGUUCGUCACCCAGACCGAGGAGGCUGUUGGUGUUAUGAAGAACGUCCUGGACACCCCCGAGCCCCUCCGAAACCUGGCUGAGCUGAUUGCCGCCCAAAUGGAUUACCACAAGAAGGCUUAUGAGAUCUUGAGCGAGCUUGCACCGACCAUUGAGGGUCUUCAGGUUGAGCAGGAGGCAAGUCGUGCUUCGACUUAUUCGAUUUAA